GUGUUGGAUUACCAUGGGUGUAAAAUAAGCGACCCAUACUGUUGGCUUGAAGAUCCUGACAGUGAACAGACGAAGGCAUUUGUGGAGGCCCAGAACAAGCUUACAGUACCCUUUCUCGAGCAGUGUCCUGUCAGAGGACUGUUCAAAGAACGAAUGACUGAACUCUAUGAUUAUCCUAAGUACAGUUGCCACUUCAAGAAAGGAAAAAGGUAUUUUCACUUCUACAAUACAGGACUGCAGAACCAGCGAGUUUUAUAUGUACAAGACUCCUUGGAUGCCGAUGCUAAAGUUUUUCUUGAUCCAAAUAAGCUUUCUGAUGAUGGCACUGUGGCUUUGCGAGGUUAUGCGUUCAGUGAAGAUGGUGAAUACUUUGCAUAUGGCCUGAGUUCUAGCGGCUCUGACUGGGUUACUAUCAAGUUUAUGAAAGUAGAAGGUCCUGAGGAUCUUCCAGAUACGCUGGAGAGAGUUAAAUUCAGUUGCAUGGCAUGGACCCAUGAUGGAAAAGGCAUGUUCUAUAACUGCUAUCCAAAACAAGAUGGGAAAAGUGACGGCACCGAGACCUCCACUAAUUUGCACCAAAAGCUGCAUUAUCAUGUAUUAGGAACUGACCAGUCAGAAGAUAUCCUGUGUGCUGAAUUUCCUGAUGAACCAAAAUGGAUGGGUGGAGCUGAGGUAUCAGAUGAUGGUCGAUAUGUCUUGUUGUCUAUCAGAGAAGGGUGUGAUCCAGUAAACAGACUGUGGUACUGUGAUCUACAGACAGAGUCUCAGGGUAUAGCAGACUUAUUCAGAGGGCAUCAAGCAGAAAAGGCAAUAAGGCCUUUUCGAAAGUGGGAAGAAUGUCAGGAUGAGAUAGCAAGAUAUAACCAGAAAGUUGCAUAA